CCAAUCGACUCAUCAGCUAAAUAUCCGACGGUACUGAAAAGACUACAGGCGGAUCCGGAGGUGCGAGACUUUGUGAGCAGCAUUCCGAGCGACCUGCGUCGGGAACUGGACAGCCCGAACAGCCAACAACGUUAUACCGUCUUUGCGCCGAAAAAUUCAGCCUGGAAUAGUGCCAAAAACAAGGCAUCCAGUCCGCAGGCCGUGGAAAGUUUGGUACGUGCCCAUGUGAUGGACAGUAUGGUCUGUCGCAAUUCAAUAGAUCCACAGAAGCGAAUAAUUGGCCAGACUAAGAACAAGAGCCCUCUAAAUGCAGUCCAAAAACCCGAUGGGUCACGUGUAGUAUUCGAUGCCUGUGGUUCCGAAGUUCCGUUGAGGAAUUUGGACAAGAUGGCGGGCAACGGAGUGGUGCAUGUCACGGACCAAGUUCUCUGGGGAACUGAAGCGAUGGACCUCCAGGAAGCCCUCCAGUGUCUCUCUAAAGACAGCAAGUCUGACCUCAGUCGGGCCGCGCAGGAAAUGGCACGCUGCAAUAUUAAUGUUCGUCCGCAAGAAAAUGUAGUUGUUCUUCUGCCGAACAAAAAAGCCCUUCAAGGCGCUCAAGGACUGGAUCCAUGCUCGGUGUACUCUCACAAUAUUUUGACAUCUUCAGACUGUCAAAUGAAGAACGGAAACGGUGUAGGUGUAACACAAGAAUGUCAAUUUCAGUCUAAGUACACAGCACCAAACGGUGACAAGCCAGUGGUAACAAACCAGUAUAUUCGCGAACGUGAUGGUAGCAAGGUAACUGUCACACAAUUAUCCCUUUUGGCUCAUCGUUAUAGGAUGAGUUUUUGUGCAAAAAAAUGGUUUCGAUUUUUAAAAGUCUAA